AUGCUCUUCUCCAAGAUCUUUUCUAUGGCUGCUGCCUUUGCCGUCGCUUCGGCUCUGCCUCACACCGUCUCCCGCCGUGGUGGCUCCGGUGGUGUCACCAUUGUCAACAACUUGAACCAAGACGUCUACGCGUGGACUGUUUCCAAUAGAGCUGGAAACAUGCAAACCCUCUCUGCGGGCGGUGGUUCAAUGCAACAAGACUGGAAGACCAACUCCAACGGCGGCGGCAUCUCCAUCAAGCUGUCCACCUCUCCCAGCCAGGAGAAGGUGCUGCAGUACGAGUACACCCAGUCCGGUGACACCAUCUUCUGGGACAUGUCCUGCAUCGACAUGGGCUCCGACUCCGAGUUCACCAAGUACGGCUUCACCGUCGAGCCCUCGCAGACCUCCGCCAACUGCCCGGCCGUCAACUGCAAGGCUGGCGACUCUGCCUGUGCCGAGGCCUACCUCAAGCCCGACGACAACCAUGCCACUCACGGCUGCCCGAUCGACACCACCUUCAAGCUGAUGAUUGGCAAUGGCAACUAA